AUGGGUGGAAUAAGACUUAUUAAUGAAUUAAAUGAUUUUGCCACAUACAAAAAUAACCAUUUAAUUACUGCACAAGCUUCAGUUGAGACAGAAAUAGUAAAAAUCUUUUAUGCGUCAUCAACAAGUAUAUACCCACAAGAAAAACUGUUAAACCAUAAUGAAUUGAAUCUAAAACUAAAAGAAACCGACGUAUGGUACUUCGAUGAUGACGAACCUGAAUUUAAAGAUUUCAUAAUAUUUUUGGAAAGCAAUAAUUGGGUCGGAGGAAGCGAGAAUGCUCUCGCGUCAAUAAUUUGCAGAGACAUUUGCUCAAUUAAUGAAAAUGGGAAUUACAAAAUGGAGAUGUUAGCUUAUAUUGCUUUUGAGGCUAUUGGAAAAUCGAGAGAACAAGUCAAGUUGAUAACAAAUGAGAACAAACCUAUCGAUGUUCAAAAUCGAAAUUCAGAUAAUACACUUAUUAAUCAAGUUCUUGGGUGGUCACCUAAAACAUCGAUUCGAAAAGGUAUGGAAAAAACGACAACGUUGGUAAAAAAUGAAAUUGAAAAAGAACUUAAUGAGUUAGUAAAGAAAGAAUUAAAGAAGAUUGAUAAAGAUGACGCUCUAUUUCAUCCUAAAGGAACAUGUAUUAAUGCAGAAACGCAUGAAUUUGAUUUACCUCCUGGAUCCAUAUGUAAAAUUGUCAUGAUUUAG